AUGAUUGCAGCUUAUUCAGCCAACAGCAACAGCAGCAUUAACUGGAUCCAGUGCCUCGACAAGCGCCCGUCGGACCGCAGCAGCGAAGAUCUGGAGAUAAUCUAUACGCGCCUGAAAAACGUCAAAGCCUUCGAGAAGCUCAACCCGAUGCUGUUGCAGCAGAUUUGCUACUACGGCUACUACGAAGAUCUAGAGAAGGGCGUCGUGCUCUACAGGCAAGGCGACCUCGGAACGAACUGGUACACCGUCCUUGCUGGUACUCUGGACGUGAACGUGUCAGAGACGGGCCACACCGACGACUCCGUCACCGUGUGCACGUUCGGCAUCGGCAUCGCAUUCGGGGAAUCCGUGCUCGACAACAGUCCUCGACACGCCACCGUCGUCACGAGCGACUACUGCGAGCUGCUGCGAGUCGAGGAGAAGGAUUUUCGUCUGCUUUGGGAGCAGAACCGAGAGUUCAUGGAGGGCGUGUUGAGUCAGUUGAGCGGGCCGCUAGCCGAGCUCGGCCUCGAGAAGCUUAACAUAGAGCCUCAGCUUCCCGCGAGGCGUCCGGAGCACGCAGCCUCCGUGAACCCGGCGCUGCCGAUCACGCAGGAACCCUCGGAGAAACUGUCGCGCGCGGGGAAGGUUCUCCGCACCGUGCUGCUCUCGCGCGCGCCGACGAUGAUCCGAGAUCGCAAGUUCCACCUGCGCACUUACCGCCGCUGCAUGGUCGCCUCCGACAUGGUCGACUGGCUGCUGCAGCAGAGCACGGUGGUGCACUCUCGCGGCCAGGCGGUCGGCAUGUGGCAGGCGCUGCUCGAGGAGGGCGUCGUCGCGCACGUGUCGCACGAGCACCAGUUCAAGGACAAGUACCUCUUCUAUCGCUUCCGCGAGGACGACCUCGGCAUCAGCACAGUGCCGACGAGCGCCGAGAAGAAGGAGAGCGAGGACGAGUUGCCCGAGACGCUCAACCUUCUCUCGCAGAUCGGUCCCGACUCGAUGCUGCGCAUGAUCCUGCGCAAGACGCCGCAGGAGCGCACCGCCGACGACCUGGAGAUCAUCUACGAAGAACUGCUUCACAUCAAGGCGCUCUCGCAUUUAUCGACGAUGGUCAAACGCGAACUCGCGAGCGUUCUCGUCUUCGAGUCGCACGCGCACGCCGGCGAGGUGCUAUUCAAUCAGGGCGACGAGGGAAAGAGUUGGUACAUCAUCCUCAAAGGUUCCGUGAACGUCGUCAUCUACGGUAAGGGCGUCGUCUGCACGCUGCACGAGGGCGACGAUUUCGGGAAGCUGGCGCUGGUGAACGACGCGCCGCGCGCCGCCUCGAUCGUCCUGCGCGAGAACAACUGCCACUUCCUGCGCGUCGACAAGGACGACUUCAACCGGAUACUGCGCGACGUCGAAGCGAACACCGUCCGACUGAAGGAGCACGGACAGGACGUGCUCAUACUGGAGAAGAUCGCCGCGGGCGGGGGCGGCGGCGGAGGCGGGGGUUCGCAGCCGCAUUACAAGUACUCGGUGAUGGCCGGCACGCCGGAUAAGAUGCUGGAGCAUCUGCUGGAGACGAGGCUCGGUGCGGCCGCCGACGACCAGUCGGACACCUACCUGCAAGACUUCCUCCUCACCUAUGUCAUCUUCAUGCCGAGCGGGGUGCUCUGUCCAGCGCUCAUGCAGCACUACCACACGACGGCCAACCACGGCGACGACACGGCAGGCGGCGCCACCGACGGCGGCAACCAGGAGGAUCCCGUAGCUCUGAUACUCGCGAACAAGAAGCGCGUGAUCGAGUUCGUGCAGCAGUGGUUCAACACAGCGGGAGACGCCUUCAAGGAGGACCAGACGAUACGCGCCUUCCUCGAGGAGCUCUACCACUCCGUGCUCGUCGACUGUCAAUCGUAUACGCUGCUGCGGGAACAGCUCACCGUCCUCAACGGCAUCAUCAAUGGCAUCAACGACAAGGCGCAGGAGGACAAGUCGAGCCGACGAUCGCGCGGCAUGCCGGGCACGUCGAUCAAGAAGACGAAGGAGGACAAGAGCGCCGCGCAUCAGACGUACAAGAGCGCCGACUACAACAUAUUUAAGGUGUACUGCGCCGACCACACGUACAGCACGCUGAAGAUGCGAGUCGACGCGACGGCCGGACAGAUCGUACACGUCGCCCGCGAGAAGCUCUGCCUCGGAGAGGACCUCCAGCUCGUCGAGGUGAAGUCCACGGGCGAGCGAGUCGUCUUCAAAGAGGAGGAGGUGAGCGUGACGACGGGGUUGAGCGUCAACGGACGUCUCUUCAUCGCCCCGCGAGAGCAUCUCGACUCUCUGACGCCUCUCCCGGAGCAGGACGGACCGAGUACGAGCACAUGCUCGCAGCUCGAGUUGAUGAACUCGCGCGACAUCGCCUACCAGCUUGCCGUCUUCGACUGGGACCUGUUCACGUGCGUGCACAAGUUCGAACUGAUCUACCACGUCUUCGGACGCGACAAAUUCGGCAAGAUCAUGUCCAAUCUGGAUGUGUUCCUGCGACGCUUCAACGAGGUGCAAUACUGGGUCGUCACCGAGCUCUGUCUGACGCCGACGGUCAGCAAGCGCGUGCAGCUGCUGCGCAAAUACAUCAAGGUGGCCGCGCACUGCAAGGAGUACCAGGACCUCAACUCGUUCUUCGCCAUCGUCAUGGGUCUCAGCAACAUCGCCAUCUCGCGGCUGUCGCAGACCUGGGAGAAACUUCCCGGCAAGUUCAAGAAGAUGUUCGCCGAAUUCGAGGCGCUCAUGGACCCGUCGCGCAACCACCGCGUCUACCGGCUCGCCGUCGCCAAGAUGUCGCCGCCGAUCGUGCCUUUCAUGCCGCUGCUCAUGAAGGACAUGACCUUUACGCACGAGGGCAAUAAGACCUACUUCGAGGCCCUGAUCAACUUCGAGAAGAUGCACAUGAUCGCUCAGACAAUACGCACGAUACAGUACUGCCGCAGCAAGCCGUUUCGCAUCGAGCAGCCGUCGUCGCUGAAGAACACGACCGACGUGCGCACCUACAUACGCAACCUGAAGGUCAUCGACAACCAGCGACGCCUCACGCAGCUGUCGCACAAGCUGGAGCCGCGACGAUCGUAGGUACGUC